AUGGAGCUUGCUACGAUGGAAUUCGAUGUCGCGGUCUGGCGUGACACCCUGUCCGACGGAUCAAUUUGCUACGCGGCAAUCUGUCCCGCCGUUGACCGCGCUCAUGGCCAGGGAGAUACCGAAGCUGAAGUUGACGUUGCCGAUGCCAUGGCAAUCUAUCUGGACCAUGAACCGGGAAAACUCAAGACUGGACAAGCCGCCCAAGAAGCGACCUCCGAACUGGUUGCGGAACUCACGGCCGAAGGCGUUGUGCCAUGGAUACGCCAAGUCGUUCCUGCUCGCAACCAGGUGCCUGCCUAG